AAACAAUCAAAAUUACUCGCUCUUUCUCACAUUUUCUCUCAUAAUUCUCCCGAGAAACAAACACCCUCUUUUGGCUGUGACAGAUUUUGUUUUAAGUAAAGAAUAUGAGCAGAGUUGCAGAUUCAAAUGUGUUUGAUGCAGUCACCCAUUUAUUUAGUUUCCCUGAAAACUUUGAGAAAUUUAUGAUCCAUUCAAGGGCUAAUGACCCAGUUGAUCAGAACAAGGGCUAUGAAAGUAUUCCUGUUGACAUUUUAGACACCCCUGAAGAUUUCAUCUUUUACAUGGAUGUCCCUGGCUUGUCCAAGUCUGACAUUCAGGUGAAUGUUGAAGAUGAGAAUAUAUUGGUGGUUAAAAGUGGAGGGAAGAGGAAACGUGAAGAUGGGGAAGAAGAAGGCUGCAAAUAUAUAAGGCUGGAGAGAAGGGCGCCACAGAAGCUGAUGAGGAAGUUCCGGCUACCGGAAAAUGCUGACGUGUCCGGUAUUACGGCUAAAUGUGAAAAUGGGGUGUUGAGUGUUGUUGUUAAGAAGCAUCCUCCACCUCCUAAGCCCAAGAAAGUUGAAAUCACCGUCUCAUAAUGGGAAUAAAUUUUAGGGAUUUUGAUUUUGCAUCUCUUGCUGGUUGUAGUCUUGUAGAUGGCUAAGAAUGGGUUAGGUGAAUUGUUUUUCUUGAAACUAAAUUUGGUGGUGAAUUAAGUAGUGUUGUUAUGUAUGUAGCUUCCUUAGGACUAUGUUCAUGUAAUGUCAAGAAUUAAGCGCAGUUGUUUUUUUUUUUUUGAUAAUUUGGGAAGGGGGAGCACUUGUGGGAGAAAUCGAACCCACGAUCUAGCAUUUUUCUGCGUAGCGCUUAUACUAUUUGAGCUAAAGCUCAUUGGUUAAGCGCAGUUGUUAUGUUGUAGUUUAAUCAUUAAUAUAUAAUGUGCAUUUUUUUGGGAAA